AUGGCAGUAAGUAAUGAAAGCCACCCGGAGGAAUUCAUUCUACUGGGCUUUGCUGACCGACCUUGGCUGGAGCUCCUUCUCUUCAUCAUUCUUCUGAUAACAUACCCGAUGGCCAUGAUGGGAAACAUCGCCAUAAUCCUGGUGUCCAAGGUAGACAUUCAUCUCCACAGCCCCAUGUACUUCUUCCUCACCAACCUCUCCUUUCUGGACAUGUGUUACACCACAAGCAUUGUCCCUCAGAUGCUUUUCAACCUGGGAAGCUCUAAAAAGACCAUCAGCUAUCUGGGGUGUAUACUUCAGCUAUACGUUUUUCAUAUAAUGGGGGGUACUGAGUGUCUACUUUUGGCUAUUAUGUCCUUUGACCGCUAUGUGGCCAUCUGCAGGCCUCUGCAUUACACACUUAUAAUGAAUCAGUGCACCUGCCUCUUACUAGCAACCAUAGUAUGGCUGAUCGGGGCUACCUAUGCUGUCUCAGAGGCCACUGUUACACUACUGCUGCCACUGUGUGGUUUGAAUGAACUGGAUCACUUGCUGUGUGAGAUUCCAAUUCUGAUCAAGACUUCCUGUGGUGAAAAGGAGGCUAAUGAGCUUGCACUGUCUGUUGUAUGCAUCUUUAUGUUAGCUGUUCCUCUGUGUUUAACUCUUGCUUCCUAUGCUAAUAUUGGACAUACUAUACUUAACAUUAAGACUUCUGAAGGAAGGAGGAAGGCCUUAGGGACAUGUUCUUCUCACCUCCUUGUUGUUUUCCUAUUUUACGGUCCAGCUAUCAGCAUGUAUCUUCAACCUCCCUCCUCUAUCUUCAGGGACCAGCCCAAGUUCAUGGCUCUCUUCUAUGGUGUGGUGACUCCUACCCUCAACCCCUUCAUCUACACUCUGAGGAAUAAGAAUGUGAAGGGGGCAUUAGGCAGGCUGGUGAGUGGUACUUUCAGAUCAAUUUACAGUUGCUAG